UACUACCAUACUGAAUGUGUGUCAGUUCUAUUCAAAGAAAUGUCAAGCUUCAGUAUCAUAGAGAAUGUUUCUGUUUACCACGGGGCUAUCAGCAAGGCCACUACUGAGAUGAUCCUGGGUGCAGUGGGGAGAGAUGGGAGUUAUCUACUCCGAGACAGUGAGAGUUUGCCCAACACCUACUGCCUAUGUGUUCUAUGCAAAGAUGUUGUCUACACCUACAGAAUGUUCCAAAUCAAUGAGGGGUCCUGGACAGUUGAGACAAACCCUGGAGUAGACACACGAUUAUUCAGGAAGAUAAGGAAUCUGAUAGCUGCCUUUGGUAAACCAAACCAGGGCCUGGAGAUGCCCCUCCUCUAUCCAGUUGAAAACCAGCACACUGACCUGCAGUAGCCAUGAGAUGAUGGCUCCUCUUCAAAGAUAAAAACUUUGACAACAAUAUAUUUGAAGAACUGUGAAAUUAUUCAAAUUAAAUCAUUUAUGAGUAUUUAUUUUUUGUUUUUGUAUAUUGUUUAAAUCACAUUGUUUGAUUAACUAUUUUUUAAUGUCCAGUUCAAUUUAAACCAGUGGUACUCAUAUUAUUUCAUGAUACAAUGAAAUAAACAUCAAAACAUACGGACAAAGAAUUUGCACAUUUAUUUAUUAAAAGUCAAACCUUCAAAGUACCUUGUUUUGAACAUGAACUUUCCACACCCAAUAUAUUAAUUUCUCAUUAUUUACACCCACUUCCUGGAGCACUUGCAGAAAAUACAUGCCGCUUGGUCAAAGCCCAGAGUAGAAAAUGCAGUCAAGCAAUAGUGUUUUCAUACCAUCAGUCUACAUAGUAUACCGUAUAUCACAAAUGUAUCUUGGCAAUCUCAUCAUCUUCGCUCUCAGACUAAGACAGUAUCAUCAAUUGGACCACCAAUGGGCAGAGAAUUAUCAAUUAUAGGGAGUACUAUCAAUUAAUUUACCCAAAAUAUGUUAUAUAGCAUAUCAUAUAGCCUACGUUUUAUACAAUAGAUUUUUUUGCAAUACAACCCAAUGAGAAUUAAAGUAAAAAACAACAGAUAAGGUUGCACAGAAUUAUAUAUUGAUGAACUUCACAGUAUUAAAGUGAAUAUCAGAAUAUAGGGUGUUUGGCUUCGUCCAACAGCACUUCAUGCUUUUGGUUCAGACUUUUCCACAGUGCUAAAUGUUUCAUUUCCGUAUGAGAAGCUUAGAAAACAAAUGUCAGCACACAAACCAUACAGAUCCCAAUUACAAAAUUACUUGACAACAAUACAACCAAAUUGUGUGUGUGGGUAAUGCGUGAGGGUGGAUGGCUGGACAACAUUUUACUUUUUAAACCCCUCUUUUUCGGUUCCAAACAUGUCAUACUCUGAUCAAAAUAAAUUAAAUAAUUAAAAUGAAUUCCCAGACUUAAAAGUCAGUCUCAGGAAAUAAGGAGGUUUCUUAGAUCUUUCAAAGGACUGAAUAAACUAUUGCUUUACUAAGGCUUGUUUAAUUAGGGCUGCAUGGAAAAUAUUUGAGCUGUUGUGAAGAUGGGGUAGCGGAUGUCGAAAUUUCUCAGAUAAUUUCUGUGGAAUACUAGACACAGAGGCAUAUAGCACUACUUACAAUCUUUUCACAGAGGAAUAGGAAUGACUAAUACUGUAACACAAUGUGACUUAGCAGUAAAUUAAGCACCAAAAAAAAUGUGUAAAUAUUGAAACAUGGUUUCCAAUUCGUUUUAUUUGUGGGAAACAGCUACUCUCUGUGUGCAUUUCUUUUUGAAAAAUCAUCCUCCGUAUCCACUAUAUUCGACCUGUAACUGGUACACACAUAGGCUCGUCAGCCACGUAAUGUGAAUUUGUCCUCUUCUCUUGCUGCUUUU